AUGGCCCUCUCCCCCCCGGCCCUCUCUCUUCUCUUCUCUUCCCUCCUCACACCGUUUGGUCCCUUGAUGCUAGUAUUCCAGAUGACUCACCUCUGGAUACCUGGGUUGCCCUACAAGAAGGCUCCCGUAGCCGACCGGUUCAAGUCGAGUGCGCCAUUCCUUUCGUUUCCCACGGCACACACGGCGCGCUUCGUCUUUCGCCGGAACUACGAGAUCACCUCUUCCCGCUCCUUCCAGACAGCCUCGUCCCCCCGAACUGUCGUCCGCUCUCUCCUGCCAGUCUCGACUGGUGUCCGUUCCCUCCCCCGCAAGUCAGCUUCGCCUGACGUCCGUUCUUUUGCCCAGUUGCGACAGGGCUCGCAACUGCCGGUCUCCGUGAGACCAUCCACUCCUUCCCCUGCUUCCCCACCUGUCCCAGCUGCCACUGGGGCAGGGCGUUCGCUAACAGGCUCCGUCCUUUCCUCUCGCUUGGAGGAAAGGCGGGCUUCUCGACAGGCACGCUCUCGGCCUUGGGCUGCUACACCCAAGGUCGAGGGGCACAAGAAGUCCCCCGAGGGACACCGGUCGACAACCCGCCCUUCCCCCCGAGUCGAACGAGCCUCUGGUCCGUCCGACCGGGCUAUUCGCAGCCCACAUAUGGCGGCUCGAACUCGAAGAGCGCUCAGGCGGAUCGACGAGGUUCUUGCUAAGCCUGCUCUGGUCAAGGCUGGGGCAGGUGAACGUAAGGCCAAGUCCGUGAAGUCGGUUCGUUUCGGAGAGGACACCGUCAUCCCUGUGUCCUGUUGGAUAGUUCGGCGCGAGCAUGUCUUUCCGGCCCCGCUGGCGGCCAUGGGUCACCUUCAGGGUUGGAAAGUCACUCCUCGUGCGGAGCCAGACGAGGAGGGUGAGAUGGAAAAGUACACCACAUACUGGGGUUCAGACUCAUAUGUGAUGCUUGACAUCCACUCUGCCUCGGAGCCGUGUGGACGUGACGGAUGCCAGUACCAGCGCCUGGCUAGCAUUGCUGCCAGGAGGCCAGGCUGGGGUCCGGCCACUGUCUUCUUGGCUUGGAACAUGCUGAGAGAGAAGGUCCGGCAACGUGGUGGAUUCCGGCUUCGUCCUUUCAUUCUCGCUUUUCCUUUGUCAGCGUCUGUUCUGGACUGGCUCUGGUCUGUUUUGGGGGAAACAGACCAUCCAGGUUAUGCUGAUCGGGUAGCAGAUGCUGGCGUGUAUCCUGCUGUGGUAUUGGUGGCGCAUUAUGCACCGAAGAGAGGAUUCUGGAGCGAGGGUUCCCUAACCACGAGGGGUAAUGACGCACACCUCUCCCGACGAACGAGACGAGACGGACGAGACGAGACGAUGCCGAACGACGACCGACCGACCAGCGACAGCGACAUCGACAAGACAACGACAACGACGACACCGAUUCGCCGGAGGCCGAUUGGGGGAUGGUGGUGGGCCAUCGACAAUACGACAAUAUCGACGCCUCCUUCGACAGACGACAAUCAACGACGACGACGACGACGACGACGCGACGACAACCGAUGGAGCUACACCGGGCGGCUAAUUACGCUUCACCGGAAGCGAAAGAAGACGGAAUAUUACCCAAUCAUGCGGAUGUACUGGGAGGGAAUAUUUCGUCUUGGGUUGAGUUUGGUGGCUGGUGACGGAGAGGUUGGAGAUCAGGGAGAUUGUUGA